UCUUUUCAAACAUAUGGAUUAGGUUUUAAAACUCUAAGCAGCAAUAAUCAUUGUUCACCAACCCUUUCCAGCUUAAAUAACAGAAAAAGAGGAACAGAGGAGAAGAGGGGGAGCUUGUGAAAGAACAGAAAAUUUGAUUUCAGAGCACAAAGCCAUUAUAGUCUGAGAAAAAUGGUAGCAGUGUUUAACAAGGAGCUCUUAAGUUGGUAUCUCAUCACUGUUAAACUCAGGGAGACUGUAGAAGCUGGAACCGCAAAGUCACCUGAUUCUACCCCAUCACGUGACCCGCGAGUGGAUCCAGCCCAACAACAGCCACAGCCACAGCCAAAGACCCAGUUGGAGAAGCAAGAACUCCCCUUUUCCCAUUUGAUAACAGUCAAUGGUGGCGGAGAAAAUGUCGAAGAAGAAGAAGAAGGGAAUCGGAAGGAAUCAGAGCACGUGAUCUCCAUUAGAGAGAAGCUAGAGCAAGCACGUCAAGAUCAUGACGCAGCCUCAUGGUCCAAGCUGUGUAUCUACAGAAUACCAAGGAUUCUCCGUGAGGGCCACGAAUCCCACAAGGCCUUCGUUCCCCAAAUCGUUUCCUUGGGCCCCUACCAUCACGGUCAGAAGCACCUCCUAGACAUGGAGGGGCACAAAUGGCGUUCCCUCCACCAGAUUCUCAAGCGAAACCGCCAAGACGCGAAUCUCUACCUCGACUCCAUUGGGGAGCUCGAGGAAAAGGCUCGCGCGUGCUACGAAGGCCCAAUCCUUCUCAGCAGCUACGAAUUCGUGGAGAUGAUGGUGCUCGACGGCUGUUUCAUGCUCGAGUUCUUCCGAGGCGCCGCCGAGGAUUUCAAGCAUCUGGGUUACUCCCGCAAUGACCCGGUUUUCGCAAUGCGGGCAGUGAUGCAUUCGAUCCAGCGUGACAUGAUCAUGCUGGAGAAUCAGAUCCCUCUGUUUGUACUCGAUCGCCUUCUGGGUCUCCAGAUUGGUGAGCCCGACCAAAGAGGAUUGGUGGCCAAACUCGCACUCCGAUUCUUCGAUCCAUUAAUACCAACAGACGAGCCGCUUAGGCAGCGCGAGAGGAACAAAUUGGUAUCAUCACUGAGUCGUUCAUCCGGUACCACCACUACCCCAUUCGACCCCUUCGCGGACCAGACGGGCCUCCACUGCCUGGACGUGUUCCGAGGGAGCCUAUUACGGAAAGGGCCAACACCCGAACCACCGACGGCGUCGAGGAUUUGGAUGAAGAGGAAGUCGCGCACGGUGAGGGUGGCGGACAAGCGGCGGCAGCAGUUAAUCCAUUGCGUGACAGAGUUGAAAGAGGCAGGGGUGGAAUUCAGGAAGAGGAAGACGGAUCGUUUCUGGGAUAUCAAGUUCGAGAACGGGGUGCUGUGGAUACCGAGGCUUUUGAUCCAUGACGGAACCAAAUCGCUUUUCCUGAACCUGAUAGCGUUCGAGCAGUGCCACCUGGAUUGCAGCAACGAUAUCACGUCGUACGUGAUAUUCAUGGACAAUCUCAUAAACUCGCCAGAGGAUGUGGCGUACCUACACUACCGUGAUAUCAUCGAGCACUGGUUGGGAAGCGACGCAGAGGUGUCGGAGUUGUUCAACAAGUUAUGUCAGGAGGUGGUUUACGACAUCAACCAUAGCGAACUUGCUCGGUUGUCUGAGCAGGUGAAUCGAUACUGCAACUACAGGUGGAACGCAUGGAGGGCUAGUUUGGCGCACAACUAUUUCAAUAACCCAUGGGCCAUCAUCUCCGUUUUCGCUGCUGUGUUCUUGUUGCUUCUCACUUCGUUACAGACCUUUUACAGUGUUUAUGCAUACUACAGGCCCUGAAACAAACGAAA